AAAGUGCCAAGGGCUGUAACUAGCAUUAUACUUCAUAGUGGAGUCAGUUCCAAAACACUAAAGAAAGUGUCCAUUGUAUACGUUCCUUAAACAGUUAAAAAAAAAUAUUCAAGAUUAGAAAUGAGCUCUGCCACUGAAAAAGAUGGAGACAACAAAGAAACAACUUUAGAAAAUGUAUGACAUAUAGUUUUUUGUCGGCUACAUUAUAUUUUUUCGUAGACUUCAUUUUAACAUAGGCUGUUUUACCGUGUUUUUACACUAUUUUUUUAAAAUAAUGACUCCCUUCAUGACAGCAGAGGUGCAAAAAAAAAAAGAAAAAAAUGGGAAAGGAAAGAGUGUAUUUAAGGUAGGUAAUCUACCACUUGAGCGUCGGCCAAGAAAAAAAUUCAGUUUUUCCAGUUGGAAGUGCUAUAUAAACAACUAUUCUUACUCUUACAUUGGAGUCUGUUAAUAAAUAUUUUUUCUUCCGUAUAGAGGCUAUAAAAUUAUAUAGCACAAUACUAAUACAUUUAAAUACUUAUUACUGCCAAGCUACCGAUAUGCCAGGAAGAAAAAGAGACAACAAUUUUUUUUUUGAUACGGAUGUCCACACACAGAAUGUGGAAACGAAGUGGUUAUACGCAGCCGACUGCGUAUAACCCUGAGAGUUAUACGCAGUCGGCAAGUCACGUGAGGUCUAUAUACUUUCUGUGUUACAGUAUCAUUCGAUAAAAGUUCCUCGUUAUCAAGAUGACUAGGUGGUUGAAUGGUUUAAUCUGAGCAAACCUGAAGUUGGUGGUUUGGAGUUCAAUUCCAACCAAGGGCCAGUCAAGAUUGAAUGAUAUGUGCUAGUUUUUAUGUUUGUUCGCGAGGAAUGAACCAACAGCUCGGUUAAUUAUUUCACUUUUGUUUUGGCUAAAAAAUGUUAAAACAUGAUUAGAAUUAUAAUCAGGGGUGGAGAGUAGCAGAAAAAAAUAGCUGUAGGGGCAAGGGGUUCUGUAGAGGGGGCACUGUAAGUAAUACUUUCACACAGUUAUAGUUUUGCAUGGAAGCUGAAAACUGUUACAUUUAGGUCAACCCCCCCCCCCCCCCCAAAAAAAAAAAAAAAAAAAAAAAAAAAAAAAAAAAAAAAAAAUGUAUUUCCUGAAUUAGUCAGUGAAACCAACCACAUAGUCAUAGCAACAUAUAAAAACCUAAUCAAUCUGAAUACAGAACUAGAUUUAAACCAAGGAAAUGCCUUAAGGCAGUGGUUCUCAACCUUUCCAAUGCCGCGACCCUUUAAUAUAGUUUCUUACGUUGUGGCGACCCCCAAACACACAAUUAUUUUCGUUGCUGCUUCGUAACUUUUGAGCGUGUGUGUUUUCCGAUGGUCUUAGGCAGCCCCUGGGAAACGGUCAUUUGACCACCGAAGGGGUCGCGACCCACAGGUUGAGAACCGCUGCAUUAAGGCAUAAUCAUCUUCUUAGUCUUAGACCCUAAGAAAUUUAGACUUUGAAUUAGACUUAUAAUGAUAAUUUAUAAGAUACAAGAAAUAAUACUAAUAAUAGCACUAAUACUAUUACUAUUAUUCAAAAUUAAUUAAAAUUAAUUCAAUUAAAAUUUUACGUCUUACGUUAAACACAUUAAAAGUUUUAGUUCAAAACAACCCAUAACGCGGCUAAUUACGCAUAAUACUUUUUUUUGAAAUUGCCAAACUAGCGGUUUCACGGUAAUAAACAUUAUUUGGCUAAAUUCCCAGCCGACUGCGUAUAACCCUGAGAGUUAUACGCAGUCGGCUGGAAUAACUUUCAGGGUUAUGCGCAGUCGACUGCGUAUAACGCUUCCCAUGUGGAAAACGUGAAUGCUCAGAAAGCAUAAACUGAAAAGACAGUUUGGCACAAGAAGCGCCAGUGAUCUUUCCCCUUCACAUUUACAUGGAUUCAUGUACCACUACCGUUUUCGUGAAAAUUAUAUUUUUUUAAACUUCAUUGUCAACUUGGGGGAUAACUAUGCAUAAUUCCAUUUUCACACAUUAUCUUCUAUUUCAAAAAAAUUUUUAUAGUUUUUCUAUUUUAAAAAAAUUGUCUAUUAUUAUGGGAAUGAAUACGUACAACCAAUGUCAUUAAAAAUAAUAUAAGAAUAGUUGUUAAAAUAGCCCUUCCAACCGGAACAGCUGGAUUUUUUCUUGGCCGACGCUCAAGUGGUAGAUUAUCUUAAGCUACUUUUUACAGAGACAAAUGAAAAUAAGGAAAAUGAUGAGAAUUAGAUCUAGUUUAUUUUUUUAAACAACAACAUUAUUUUAUUAUUUUUUUUUUUUAAAUCUUAUGAUGCAUAAAAUAAAAAUUAUAGUAUUAAAGAGAUUUAAAUAAUAAAUUGAAAAAAAAUUAAUGAACUAAAAUAUUUAUUUGUGAAAAGUCUUCAAAUUUCAAACCUGGACACCAAAUAUCUCUAGCGCAAAAAUCAGUCUCAAACUUAAAUCUUCAAACCUAAAAUCAGUCUCCCAAACUGGAACGUAAAUCUUUAAAAUUAAAAUUUGUCACUAGGUCUAGAGCUAACCUGAACCAUAAAACCAUGUGUUCAUGUGCUACAGGCUACAGUUAACCAUUAUUGUGAGAAAAUCAUAAAUUUGAAUAAAAAUAUUUAUGUUUUAAAUUAAAACCACUUAAGAAAUAUUAAUGAAAAGCUAAAUUAAAGUUGAAUCAAAUAUACUUUUACACACUUAAUCACAGGUUCCAUCAUAAAUAAAAUCCAAAACAAAUCAAUAAUAUAAAAAUCCAUUUAUAAAAUACUUCAGAUUUCAGAUUUUUACAGGCAGAAACGAGUGUCUUGUUUUCAAAUACUGGUUAUUAAUUAACUUCACUGUGAAAUAUUAAUUGCAAAAUACAUUCCAUCUGCGUAUUAAUACAAAAAAAAAGAGAAUAGUUAACUCUUAGUAACAUGCAGUGACUAAACUCUAAACAAAUGUGAGUUUACUCAUGCACAGAAACUUUGGGGAGGAACUGUCAUUACUGUCAAGCGUAGAUGACCCAUUUUGUAUAAAUAAUCUUUUCAAUAAUAACAAAAAAUAAAUGUUUAUUCAAAAACGAUUUUAAUUAUAAUUAAAUGAUAGAGAUAUUUUUAGAAAUGUCAUCUGAACAUUUUUUUUUUUACUGAAUUUGUGGCCAAUAGAUGUUCUGAAAAAUUAUAUCAGUGUUUUCUUGAUGUACUUCAACCCCAUUCCUCCACACAUAUUUCUGACACAUAGGAAUCUAAUAUGUGCCCAUGGGUAUCGUUAUGGCGCUUUUUGCUCUCUUUAGGUGCUUUCCAGGUUCUCUUUUGUGCUCAUACCAGUGUUAGGAUCAACAUAGUUAACAGAGUUUUUAACUUUAAACUUUAAGAUGGUUAAGGCCCGGAAGUGUCCCAAUGGCAUUGUUCACACGUCAUUGAUCUGAAAUAACUGUUGCACCGGGAAGUAUGAUUGCUAUAAUUAUGGGUAUCACUGUUGCAUCUGUCCUAUAUGACACCAUAAACAGGAAAAAUUCACCUGUUUCGUGGCUAAUGCCACCAAAUACCUCUUGUUGUGGUAAAACUCAUUUAAACAGGCUGUCAUCAAUUUCAUCAGUACAAUUAGGAUGGGCUAGAAUCUCUGGAUUGAGAAUCAUAGCAUUUUCGCAAACUUCACAAAGAUAGUUAUUCAAAUCAACAACACAAAUUUCCAACUCUGAUUCACAAAAUGAAAUGCUGGUAACUGGUAACAUCUUUUAUAUGAAGAGAACCACUUAUCUGUGCAUAGACUGCGACCCCUGCAUCCACAUCCCUUUCCAAACAGGAAUGUCUUUUUGGCAAAUACCCUGACAAUGAUCUAUUCAUUGAUUAAUGAUAGAGUCAUCAGAUGAUUGUUCACACAAUGUGGUACUAAAUAAACAAUGCCUUGUUGCUGUAGAAAUUUAAAUAGAAAGGGACUUUGCUGAGAUUGUAGCCAUGAAGAUAAACAGAAAAUUCAUGGUCAAAAUUUGCAGUACCUUAUUAUUUAUUAAUGAAAUUUACCACCAGAAAAUGAAUCUGGAUUUUGAUUUAGUGAGAUUAUAAUAAAUAAUUUUAAAAAAAAAUAAAUAAUUCGGGUGAUUUAACAAUAAAUUUCCUUUUUUUUUCUUUAAUGCUAAUUCACACUGUAGUCAUGGAUUAAAUUAAUUUUUCACAUUAGUGUAAUUUAAAAAAUUUCAAUCAAAUCAAAAUUAAAUUUUGAGUGAAUAGGGAAUUUUUCAUAAGGCUAUUAUUAGCAUUGUUAUCAAAUGAGUAUAGCAUAUCAUGGGAUAUGACCAUUUAAGAGAAUUUAAAAUUAAUAGUAUUAGGCCUAGUUAAUGCAGUUAAUUAGGAUAGGCUAAUAAUAUAAUUAUUAAUAAAUUAUAUAGCCUAGCCAAGUUUAUUAUGAUCUAUCAGUGACUAUGACUACUUUAAUUCAAUAGCCCUAUUACUAUUUACUAGUUAAGUUAAGGCAUAAUAAAUUUAAUAUCAUAAUUUAGGCCUCAGCCCCAAUGCCAUUACUAGUCUAGUCCCACAUUUGAUUAAAUUGCUAAAGAUGUACCCCACUGCCACACUUUAUUAUUUCAAUUUACAAUUCUAGACUUCCUACAGCCACUAGUGCUAUCUGUAGUUUUGUUAACCAGUUAACCUAGUCUAUUAACUAGUUUACCAGCCUAGGUCCUAAUUAUUUGAGUAUAAUAAUAGUAUAGGCAAACAGCAAAUUACCGCCCCAAACAAUAAUGAAGUUAUACUAGUAUAUAAAAGGCUACAGGUACCCAAUAAUUACUACUACUGGUCUUCUAAAGUCUAAACUAAAGAAAUGAUCAUUUUUCAUAUUCAUUCUGAGUUACAAAAUGAGUAGGCCUAAUGUCAAUGAAAAUAAGUAUUAAUAAUUACCUUACUAUUGAAUUUUAUGCCCAGAUUGAUUGAAUUUAAUUUAGAAAGGCACUAACUUAACCAUAAAUAAUAAAUAUCGCCUAUCUAUUAUGUCAAUAUGACAUUCAAUCAGUAUGGAUAAGGGCGUUUCAAAAUUUGUGUUCAUUAUUGCAUCAAUGUACUUAUGCAGAUCUUCUUUACUUAAAGUAAAAAAUAACAAAAUUUUGCUUGAAAGGUUCAAAACACAUGAAAUAUUCAAAAGAACACACCUUAAUUCUUAUUUUAGCCUUAAUUUUACAACUAAAAGAAUUGUGCAAUGCAUGUUUACACAACGGACCACUUGAUUUUGUCUUUACUUUUGGGAUCAUACAAAUAUUAAAUCAAUGUGUAUUUGGAACCACUAAAAUUGCUUUGCCACAAAACCCCAAAGCAUCUAUAAAUUUCUAAUUGACUUUUGUUUUGUUUCUUUCAUAGAGAAACACACGAGAUACUUAAUUAGGUAACGGUACUUCAGAAACACACGAGAUACUUAAUUAGGUAACGAUACUUUAGAAACACACGAGAUACUUAAUUAGGUAACGAUACUUCAGAAACAUACGAGAUACUUAAUUAGGUAACGGUACUUCAGAAACACACGAGAUACUUAAUUAGGUAACGAUACUUCAGAAACACACGAGAUACUUAAUUAGGUAACGGUACUUCAGAAACACACAAGAUACUUAAUUAGGUAACGGUACCUCAGAAACACACGAGAUACUUAAUUAGGUAACGGUACUUCAGAAACACACGAAAUACCUUAUUUGCAACCGGUACUUCUAAAACAACUUGGAUAUUUCACAAACCAUGUUAGGUUGUCAUGUAUUAAAAGCAUGACAAUUUAGAAUAAGGCAAUGGCAAUUCUUGGUCCUUUGGGGUUUGUAGCCACAUAGUUUUUAAUCAUUGAAUAAUAUGACCUGAAAGUCAAGUAUUAGUCUUCAAAAUUUCUUUUAUCAAUACAUUUAUUUACAUGUUGGCAUGUGCGUUACCACAGUCGGUAGAUCUCCUACCUGUUGUUUGGUAUAUUAAUACAAUGUACAUAUGAACUAUUUGCAUCACAAACUAUUUUGAGUUUUAUUUCUCAAGAGCUUCAUUAAAUUGGUGAGGGGAUUAUAAUAUGUUUAAAACUUUUUUGAAAAUACAGAACUAUAGCAAUAUAUACUGGUUCAUAACCCACACUUUUUGGGAAAUAUUUCAGGGGAAUAAGUGGGAUGGACUACUUUUGAAUGGGUUAUUGGAGAUUUUUGUCAUCUUCCCCAGGUAUAUUGAUUCUAUUAUUGGUGUAGAAAACAAUGAUGAAAAAAGUAGUUAACGGAAGUAAAUAAAAAGCUGUGUGAAAAAUAGGGUCAGACUUUUGCUCUCUUUUUGCGACUGCUGUGAUUGGCUAUCAAAGUACCUACAUUGAUGGCUAUCAAAGUCCCUACAUUGAUUAAUGUAGAUCACCAAAGUUCUAUUUUUGGAAAUAUUCACUAUGGUAGCUGUAUCGACAGGUAGAAGUGAUAACCUUUGUUAUACAUAAUACUGUACGGUAUUUUAUAAGUUUUUAAGUCUUAACUUACACAAUAACUAUUUGUAAAAGUUUGGAUUUAAAAAAAAAAUAAUAAUUUUCUUUAGUUAUUAGUACCCUAUUGCUUCUACUGGCAUAUUAUUUUAUGGGGGUUCGCUAAUGAGCGGGUUACACUCUGGCGGAAACAACGGGGUCAGCUUAUCAACAGGCUUAUGAACAUGUACAAACGGUAAUAAUAAACACAUGAAGUAAGCCAGAUUGAGCCUCCAUAAUCCAGACCAGUGUAAAGACAUGGCUCCUUUGAUAUUUGGCAGUGUUAAGCAACACUUAAGUAAUGUUACUACUGCCAUAAAAAUUAACCAUGUAACAUCUGCUUUUGAUUGUGGAACGGUAUAGAAUUUUAAUAAAUAAUAAACAUAAACAGGUUUAAUAUUAUAUUUAUAUUACCAAAAGAAACUAUGAAGUCCAGAAUGAACUAGAAUAAUAGUUGAUGAAUAUUUUUACACAGGUUUUUGUUUAGAAAGAAUCUAAUUUAAAGUUGCUUAAUUAACUCUUGUAUUUUCAUUAAAGUGGUCAGUAGAUUUUCACUUGUGCUUGUGCCACUGGCUACUUUAUUACAUUAGUUAAUGAAUUGUUAUGACAAUGUCUUUACUAAAAUUAUGAAUAGUUUCACAAUAAUAUUAUGAAACAAUGCAAAAUUAUUAGUAAAAUGAAACCUUUUUUUAAUUGUCCAUUGAACUGGUUCAAUUAUAGAUCAAAAUUGUAUUUAUUUUUAUUUUUACUCACUUUAUGAUGAUCCUUGUUUUAAACACUUUAAAUUUGUUGUUAAUGAUGUCUAUGACUAUAAUGCUAUGUUUCUUUAUAAACUCAAAGGUUUCUUACUUGUAAAAAAAAAAAUAUCUAUAGGCUCUUAUAGGACAAAGAGCCAUCAUGAUUUGAAAGAGGCAUCCCAAUGUUUAAAUAGCUUAAAAGUCAAAAUAUUUUUUUCAGGUUCAUUCUGCCAACAGUUGGGAAACAGCUGAUCUAGGUGACAAACAGCGCAAUGAAAAAUUCCUAAGACUCAUGGGUGCAGCAAAGGUUGGUUCAACUUCAUAUUAGUUUGGACAAAAAGUUUUAUAUCUCUUAUAAUGUUGAAACAACAAGUCAACAUGCUUAGAACAUUUACAUAUAGAUUAAGUUUCCUUCAUACAAUCUAAAAUCCAAUGAUUGGCAUUGCAAAGUGGCUCUUCAAUGUAGGACAAAUGUUGUUCAGCUUCUGCUCUUGUAAAAUAGACAACAAAUGGUAUGUUGAUAGUUUUUAUGUUCUAAAAUGAUUGUAAUUUAAUUAAAAAGAUGCAUUAUGCAGCAAUAUUAGAUUAUUUAAUGGACUGAAAAUUUGAUACAUUCAUGAAAUUAAUUAAUUACUUUACAGAUUAUUUGUUUUAUUCAUUAUAUCAUUAUUAAAAAAAAAUCAUUUACAGAAAGAACACCAUGGAAAAAUUGUAAUUGGAGACCAUAACCCAAGUCUAGCCCACAAGAGAGGAAGUAAGGAAACUUUUUAAAUGUGAAAUCCUUUUUAAUUCAUUCACUGGACUAUUUUCUAAUUUCUGCAUAAGUUAGAUAAAUUUUAAAAAUAAAAUUCAAUAACUUAAUAUUUAGAUACACAAUGCUGGUAACACCUCACAAGCAUCACACUACUGACUUCCUAGCACCACACUACUGACUUCCUAGCCCCACACUACUGACUUCCUAGCACCACAGUACUUCCAAAAAUAAAGUAAAGAAAAUGCUGGUACUUUAAAAAAAUAAUUAGGAAGGUUUAGAUAAAAAAAACAAAUUUUUCACUGAUAAGUUUUAAGCUUGUUUACAAUAACUUAAUAACGCUUUGGUAUUUCAAGUUGAGUUUCUUACAGUGUUAAAUCCCCUUACAAAAUUAUCUCUCCUUCUAAGACACCCCCAUCUCCACUUAAAUUAAGAACCCAUUUAAAAAACAAAGCGAUUAUAGCUACAAGUAAAAUUACUGCAUAAAAUUAGAAAUGACAUGCUAUUUUCUUGACCACCAUUACAAAAAGCUUCAACUGAACCAAAUCAAAUACUUGUGACUAAGAUAGUUAUUAUUGAAUAAUGGUUUCUGCUUAAAAUUAUUUAUUUGUAACUUCAAGGGAGAGAAGAACAGCAUUUAGAGGAUGAUCUGGCCGAGCAAUACGAGCAGAGUUUGGAGCAUCGAUUGGCUAGCGGUAAAAGAGGUCAUUUAGGCCUCGGCUAUCGCCCAGAAUCUGAAUCAGAUCCGGAAACUAAAAAUGAAGAGGAGGAAGAAUCUGCAGUUGUUGCUAAACCAGAAGAAGAUAAAGCUGAAGAUGAUGAUGAGGAAGAAAAUGCCGGAGAUGAAGAAAAAGAUGCAAGUAGAAAGAGCAGUGUCACUAAAAUAAAUGAAAAAAGCCAAGGUGGAAAAGGGGAUGAAAAUAACUCAAAUGAAGAUUCACCAGAGCCUGAGGUGAAAAAGAAGAAAUGCUCAAAAGACAGUUCAUAAACAAAAUUAUUUAUUUUUAGUUUCAAUUCUAUUUUUUGGUAGUUUGUUGUAGUCUGUAUAUGAGUUGGUGUAGAUUGCAUUUACUUUUUUUUUAACACCAAAAAUUACAGAAGAAACUAAUAUACUCAGCUCAGUGUAAUUUUAAUGAAUAAAAGCACUUUGUUGAUGUUCUUAUACAAGUAAACCUCUGUUAGAUAUUUAGUAAAGAUUCUAAAUGAUUCUUUUUAAUUGAAAAGUACAAAAUAAAAAUAAAGAAAGAUAUAUUUACUUGUAAAUAAAUUAAACAAGUUUGUUCUUUUAAAAUCUUCUUAAUUACAUAGAAGUAAAUUACAUUGGUGGGAUUACUGAACUGAAUUGAUGUUGAGUUUUUCAUUGAAAAAAAAUAAUUUAAACUGAUUAUAACAUACAUAUUUAGAAAUAAACAAAAAAUAGUUUAUGUUUAAAACAAGUCCGUAUGUGGUUCUAAAAAUUAAAUGUUUUUUCGUAAGUAAUUAUAAAGAAGAAGUUAAGUGUGUUUAUCUUACACCGUAUAGUCAAUAAAGGAAAGUACGUUAUAUUUGAAUUUUCAUUAAAUUUAUUUAAAAAUAAUUGCAACAUGCACAAAAAGCUUAUGGAAUUCUUUGACUUUGACAUAAAUGUUUUUAAAUGAGUCUGAAGAGUUCUAUGAUGCACCAUACUGCUAACAGAUGUCACAAGUUAAAGAAUUUUUGUUUUAAAAUAAGAAGUUAUAUAUAAAGGGAGAAAUAAAAAAUUGAUUUUUCAUUUUUAACAAAAUAUAAUCUUUCUCAUUGCUACUCUGUGUAACUCAGUGAUGAAGCUUUUAAAUGUAUGUGUUCCCAUUAAAUGACCAAUAUUUUUAUGUUGAAAGAUUAUGUUAAGUUAAUAGAUUUAUUACACUUCUUACUAUAAUUUACACAUAAAGCACUUUCAUAACAAGCUUGUGUGCAUGUGGAAAUAAAAUAGGAGAGGCUGUAGCUCAUAUUUUUUAAAUUCAGCUAAUGCAUGGAAUUGUAUUAAUUGAUACAUCAUCAUUUUUUUAUUUUAUGCAGCAUUUAUCAAUUAAAUAUCAUUCUUUAUCAUCCCAGUAAAUAGUUUUCUUUAUUUCUUUUUGAGGUCAGUCAAUUAUUAUCAGUUGAAUCAGUGUUUGUUAUUGACAUUUA